GUCACGGAUUCUUCUCCCGCCCUCCGCUCCCGUGGGACAGGCCACCCGCGGGGGAAGAUGUGCUCCCAGUCCCCGCUCCAAUAGCAGCAUCCUCCCCGCUUCCGGUCCCCAUGCCUGCGCUAUAACCCGCCGGGACUGCAGGCCGCUCCGGCUGUUCCCCCCCAGCACCCCCCGGGCCAGCCGGCACAAUGGGAAACACCGUGACCUGUUGCGUGUCUCCGGACGCCAGCCCCAAGCCGGGAAGGGCCCGAGGAGUGUCCGAGCGAUCCGAUCCCUACCAGGUGGAGGUGGAGCUCGGGGAAGCGGAGCCCGGACCGCACUUACAGCAUAUCAGUGACCGGGAGUUCCCGGACGAUUUGGCACCAGAGUCGAACCCUUCUGACCACCCUCGAGCAAGCACAAUAUUUCUCAGCAAGUCUCAGACAGAUGUUAGAGAAAAGAGGAAGAGCAACCAUAUAAAUCAUGUAUCUCCUGGGCAGCUAAACAAGAAGUACAGCUCAUGUUCCACCAUAUUUUUAGAUGACAGCACAGUCAGUCAACCCAACCUGAGAAGCACAAUUAAAUGUGUUACCCUAGCAAUAUAUUAUCACAUAAAGAACAGGGAUUCUGAUAGAUCAUUGGAUAUAUUUGAUGAGAAACUGCAUCCUUUAACCCGUGAAGAGGUGACAGAUGAAUAUUGCAAACAUGAUCCUGAUCAUAAGCACAUUUACCGUUUUGUUAGGACUCUCUUCAGUGCGGCCCAGCUAACUGCCGAGUGUGCUAUUGUUACCUUAGUUUACCUGGAAAGGCUAUUGACAUAUGCUGAAAUUGACAUAUGCCCCAAUAAUUGGAAAAGGAUUGUUCUGGGAGCGAUUUUAUUGUCUUCUAAAGUCUGGGACGAUCAAGCAGUGUGGAACGUUGACUAUUGCCAGAUCCUGAAGGAUAUCACUGUUGAAGACAUGAAUGAAAUGGAAAGACAUUUUCUUGAGCUGCUGCAGUUCAACAUUAACGUCCCUGCCAGUGUUUAUGCCAAAUACUACUUUGACCUUAGAUCUCUAGCAGAUGAUAACAACCUCAACUUUCUGCUGGAACCACUCAGCAAGGAGCGUGCACAGAAACUAGAGGCUAUAUCCAGACUGUGCGAAGAUAAAUACAAAGACCUCUCUAAAGCCGCCAUGAGGCGCUCUAUCAGUGCUGACAAUCUAGUGGGCAUUCGGCGUUCUAAUGCCAUCAUCUCCUGAGACCAAAGUGAACAGGAGCCAGGUGCAGCUAAAACAAAAUGGGUGUGCAACACUAUCUGAGCACUACCAAACUUCCCACACACUCUCCUACACACUAUUCCAAGUCACUAGUGAUGCUGUCUUCCAGCAUGAGGGUUGUGGGGAAGAAACUGGUGCACAAGAAGCACAUAAAGGGGCACAGCAAGCCCACUCUUCAAGAAUAAGGAGCAUACCCCACGCGAAGAGAAAAGAGGGUCUGAAAUAAAGCAGCACAGUCUCCUUAUACAGAAUAACGUGGUGUCAGCAGUUGAAAUCCUAUUGUCCCAGUCAUCCCUGAACCACCUACAUGUGUAUGCUUACUGUGUAGGCUUAUAGCUGUGAACUGAGACUUUUUUAACACUACGUAGUUUAACAUUUUAGAUUCUAAAACACUAAUCAUGUGAGUGUAGUUACAUUUUACAUAUUCUAUUUUAAUUUUAUAUAUUUGUUUUAUUUAAUCAAUCUACAUAUCUUCCCAGAUUCUUGUUCUAGUCAUGCAAAGCCUCACUGGAGCCAACGGGAAAAGAGGCAAGACAUAAUGUCCUCUUAUCCAAUAGUUUUAUUUGCUUAAAGAGUCUCAAUCAAUGCAGGAUUGUUACGUUGUCUGCAGUGCAGUGACGUAACGUCCAGAAUAUUGCUUUGGUUAUGAUGGUCACUGUCCAAAGAUGUUUGUGUUUUUUUGUUUUUUUUUUUCCUUUCAAUACUACCAGAAUCUGGGCUAUACUUUUCUUACUGUUGGUGCUCCCCUGUAGAUUCUGCUCUGUAAGGACCUUAACACACUGUACAACCAACUUUGUGUGAGUCACCUGAUUUUAGAGCCGUGUGUUAUAUGCACUACCUGCUGCUUUCAAAGUUGCACUAGUGCAGUCCUCUUUAUUCAUGAUGAAAUUAAAAUAAUCAGUGGCAAUGUAUUACUGAAGAUACAUGAAGACCAAUGAUUCCCUGCAUCUUUAUAAAGUGGAGCUGUCACCGGGAAAUUUCUUCCAUAAACCAGAUUAAAAUAUCGUUUGGUAAGUUUUGCUGGGACUUACCACAUGAAUAUCUGUCAGAUUUGUAGUGUAGAAAUGGCCAUCCUGGAAUUACACCAUUUUUAAACUCACUCUGAUAAAUACGGAUUUGAAAGAAAAAGGCUGCAGUGAAAAUGUGCAGAUUGGCUGUGAUGUGCAGAGUAGCUCCCAGUUCUCACUGAUUGAGACACAUACUUCCUGAUGACAGAUUCACUUUAAAUGUUUACAGCUCUACCAUAUGCAAUUGUAAAGGAUGGUUCCAGAUAACGUAUCGUGGAAUUCUGGGCAAUCUUUAGUUAUGUCAUAUACUUGAUCCAGAACGCUCUGGCUAUUUAAUUGGGUUUGUAAAAAGAUUAAUAACAUUAAAGGGACACUCCACUGCCCAAAUAAAAUCUGUUUAGUAGAUAUAACCUAAAUGAAAACUUGCAUAUGUUUAAUUAUGCAUUUUUUUAAUUGUUGAUCUAUCUAAAAAACGCUUGCAAAGUUUGCAGAUCUCUUGUCUGAAUCCUUUGCAAGCCCUCCCCUUUGAACCCCGCCCAGCUUUUCUGUGGCUGACAAAUCAGACUUCCUAGUGCAGCUUAAUGAGAUGUUUGCAAGGCAGGUGCUGUGGGAAAUUGCUGCCUUUUGAGUGUAGCUCCACUGAGCUAAACUGCCAGGAAGUAGCAGGAACGGUUGUCUUACAGCCGGGGGGUAUAACCAGGUUAAUUUAUAAAAGUGUACAUUUCUAUUGAAAUCUGCUCUUUUUCCAAAUGACACAUUUUUCACACACAAAGCUUUUAAAGCAAGCUGAAGUGCUUUAGGGGUCUGGAGUGUUCCUUUAAAAAGAAUGGGGGGCAACUGUCAACUCAUAGGUUCAUUUUCAUGGCACUAGAACAGUAAUAUGUUUUACAAAGUAGUGAACUGUUUUCAUUUCAUCACUAGACAAGUCCUGAAGAUUUCACUGCAGAACCACAAAUUAUACUUACUGAUUAUUGAUUGAUACUUUUAUAUUACACAAGACAGGCCAAGAAAUGAAAUGAUGCCUUUUUUGUUUUGUUUUUUUAAUGAUAAAUAGGGCGCCAUCAUUUCUAGAUGACUGUUUAUUCUGCUGCAGGUUUGGAUCUGGGUGCUGAAUGCACACGAACCUCGAGCACUUCCUCCAGCAUGCUUUAUUACAAAUGAACUAUUUUCUGAAAAAGAACAUACAGGAACAUUUUUUUUUU